GUUACAUUGCAGUUCGCCCUGUCAACCUCUAGGUGGCCACAAAGAUAGUUGUGCUACCGUCUGCAAUUCGACUACAAGCAUCAAGUGCAGCCAGAUUUAGCUAGCGUCAGUAGCCAUUUCAUUUUGUCUACCCCAUUUUGGGGGGUUUGUUGGUCGUAGGCUUGCAAGCUAGCUCAAGGCUGGCUUCAUUGACCAAAUAUGCAGAAAUAUGAAAAGCUUGAAAAAAUUGGAGAGGGUACGUAUGGAACUGUUUUCAAAGCUAAAAACAGAGAGACGCAUGAAAUCGUGGCAUUAAAACGGGUCAGGCUGGACGACGACGACGAGGGGGUGCCAAGUUCUGCUUUAAGAGAAAUCUGUCUUCUGAAAGAACUAAAGCAUAAAAACAUUGUCAGAUUGCAUGAUGUGUUGCACAGUGACAAGAAGUUAACAUUGGUUUUUGAAUAUUGUGAUCAGGAUUUGAAGAAAUAUUUUGACAGCUGUAAUGGGGAUCUAGAUCCUGAAACUGUGAAGUCGUUCAUGUACCAACUGUUAAAAGGCCUCGCUUUCUGUCACAGUCGAAACGUUCUUCAUAGAGAUCUGAAACCACAAAAUCUUCUCAUCAACAGAAAUGGGGAAUUGAAGCUUGCUGACUUUGGGUUGGCUCGAGCUUUUGGCAUUCCUGUGAGAUGUUACUCAGCAGAGGUUGUGACGUUGUGGUACCGACCUCCAGAUGUGUUGUUUGGUGCUAAACUUUAUUCUACCUCUAUUGACAUGUGGUCAGCUGGCUGCAUAUUUGCAGAGCUGGCUAAUGCUGGAAGGCCGUUAUUCCCUGGCAAUGAUGUGGAUGACCAGUUGAAAAGAAUCUUCAGAUUGUUGGGCACACCUACGGAGGAACAGUGGCCAACAAUGACAAAACUUCCUGAUUAUAAGCCAUAUCCCAUGUAUCCAGCCACCACCUCCCUUGUGAAUGUGGUUCCUAAACUAAGUAGCACAGGAAGGGAUCUACUGCAGAACCUGUUGAAAUGUAAUCCCGUUCAGAGGAUUUCAGCUGAAGAGGCCUUGCAGCACCCCUACUUCGCAGACUUCUGCCCACCCUAAAAUGCUAAAUUGCCUGUCACCAAGCCGCAGCCGCAAGAAUCAAUCAUCCUUCACUCUGUUUGGUUGUUAGGAGCGAUUCUCAACAAGGCAAAUCCCUCACUGGGAUUCUGACACUCCCAUGCAGUUCUCCCAUGCAGUUCAUUCUGUUGUGCCUCUGUGUGGAACAAAGCCCAGUGGCUCUGCUAAGCUUUAGGGUCUUUUGAGUUAAAAGCCUGUUUUAAUUAGGUUCAAACAUCACUCCAAGUUAAUUAGCACCAAUGAGGGCAGGGUUACAUUUAAUACAUUUUAUAGUAAUACGUUUUUUUUUUUGUCUAUUUAAGUUAGAUUUUCAAAGCAAAAAAAUGUUUUCAGUCGAUUUUCUUUAGUGUUCCCUCGUGAUCUAUGGUCAUAUAAUUUGGUGAGUUAACAUCAGAUGCCUGCCAAAGUGCUUGUAUUUAGUGCAUCAGUCACUCACGCCUUUGUUGAGAUGUAGUUUCUAUUCCUGAUGGAUUGUGUUUCAGUAGUUCUUUUUGCUUAUACAAAUCUUAACACCUGUAGAGACCAGUGUAAGUGUUGGUAAUCCCAUACUUGAUAUAUUUAUAUUUGCAGGUGUGGAAGUAUUACUAAAAGUAAGUCAGCUUUGAACAACUAGUUUGUUUAGGAACUUUUAUGAUUGAUAUGUAUACAGUUCCAGUCAGGGGUUUCUAUACGCUUAUCAUCUGUAAUAUAUUAAUUUGAGGCUGUUAAUAAAUUAUUUAAACUGCUGUUUACUAGGAUGGAUGGUUUAUGCAAUAUACAGCUUCAGUAUUUUUUUCCUACAAAAACGAGGGUAGACGUAAAAACAAAAUUCAUAGAUGAAUAUCUUAUAACAGAAUAAAGAAAACUUAUAGGUUCAAAUCCUAUAGUCCUGUAGUAAAUUACACCAGAACCACUAUAUUUCUGUUCUGAAGAAGUUUCUGGCCUAAACCUGGCUGGAUAUUUGAUCACUCAUCCUGGCAGAAUGUUAGUUUAAGUUGCUUGGUCUCCACACACUCAGCUUUUCAGUAUAAUUAUGUGGUUUAGAUCAGGCCUUUUCAAGUCAGCUUUAUCCAAGCCAAAUCCAGUUUUGGUGUUUGCUUGAAUUACUGUCCUGUUUGAACAGGUUUAACCAGCUUGCUGUUGGGUUGAGGUGGAAUUGAAAAAUGGAGAUAGGUCUCCAGCAUUGUUCCAUCCUCUCUGCAGCAUAAAUCCCUACAGUGCUUGACCAUGUUCUUAGAUUCUAACUCCCUCAUCCCCCAACGCACUUCUUCCUAUUAAGGUCAAAGUGUUCCAUCUGGACUGUAACAAUGCUGUUCAUGUAGUUUCUGCUAAUAGGUUUGGUCAUUGCCCAUGAUGAGUGUACAUAAACCUGUGAACAAAACUGUGUAGCACUAUAUAUAAAUUAUUUCGCACUUUG